CAGCGGCGGCAUGGCCGGCCUCGUCGGCGCCGCCAACGGCAAGCACCACCACCCACACCUCAUCUCGCCCACCCACUCGUCCCUGCCGGCCGGCAUCUGCAGUAGUGACAGCGGCAUCUCCACGCUGAGCGCCAUCUCGCCCCCGCUCUCCACCUCGACCACGACGGCGUCCGGCGCUUCCGUGGGAGGAGGAGGGGGAGGGGUAGGCGGCACCGGGAGCGUCGUUUCGGCCGGCGGAGCUCUCUCCGCCGGCAUCUUAGGCCCGGCGGCCAGCAUCGACCUGGGCAGCUCGCCGCUCUCGCACCGCAACUACAGCCACUCGCUGAAGGGCUUCAGCUUCCGGCGCAGCUUCGACGACAAGAUCAUUGCCCCGCCCUUCUUGUCGCGCGCCCCCGCCUACGGCCACGGCAUCCCCUAUCCGCACUUUCACGCUGCCCAGUCGGCAACCACCGCGCCGCACCACCUCCACCUGCACCACCACGGAAACGGUACUGCAACAGGAUCGGGAUCAGGAUCGGGGACUGGGUCAAUGGCGGGGGCGGGACCGGGAUCUGGAAGUGGGGCUGGAGCAGGAGGACUCUAUCAGCAGCCCCUCUCGCUGGCCACCAUGUCUGCGGCCCUGCCGCUGGCCCCGCUCUACGGAUCCCCGCUGUCGCUGCCGCUGACCUCCUCGCAGUCAACCACCAAGCUCUCCUACCGCGACGACUUCCUGCAGCAGAUUGGCUACCUGCCCACGACGCGCAUCUACAGCACCCCGACCAGCAUCGUGGACGAGGACAAGGCCCAGCAGGACUUCCUCUCGCUGUCCCUCUCUCCGCCGCUCAACCGACGCCGGGACAUGCCGGCCCUGCGAGGUCCCUUCGUGAGCCUAUCGGAGCCCCGCGGGACCCUGAGCACUACCGACGAAAUCUACCCGGACUCCUCCGACAGCAGCCUUUAUGUCUCGGACGAGGAGCAGGAGGACGCCUCCCAGUACUGCCGUGGCGGCUACCACCCAGUGGUCAUCGGGGACAUCUUCGACAAUCGGUUUCGCGUGGUCCGCAAACUGGGCUGGGGUCACUUUUCCACCGUGUGGCUGUGUCGGGAUCUCAAAGACGAGAAGUACGUUGCCCUAAAGGUGGUGAAGAGUGCCCCGCACUACAUCGAGACGGCCGCGGACGAGAUCCGGCUGCUGGAGGCGAUCCGCGACGCGGACCCCAUGGACGCCAAGAGGGAGCGGAUCGUGCGGCUGAUGAACCACUUCACCGUGCGCGGCGUGAACGGGAUGCACACGUGCCUGGUAUUCGAGGCGCUCGGCUGCAGCCUGUACAAGCUGAUCGUGAAGAACAACUACCAGGGCCUGGCCAUCGCCCAGGUGCGCAACAUCAUCCGCCAGGUGCUGGAGGGCCUGGACUACCUGCACAGCAAGUGCAGCAUCAUCCACACGGACAUCAAGCCGGAGAACAUCCUGCUGGUGAUCGACAACGCCGCCGCGAUGAACCAGCAGAUCGACGACGAGAUCAACAGUCUGCGGGUGAAGGGUGCCGAGUUCCCCGACUCGUACAUUAGCUCCAUCGAGAAGCAGACCAAGUCCCGCGCCAAGUGGCCUCUGAUCGAGCCGAACGGAUCGACCAACACGAACACAAAUACCAGCAACAGCACGGCGAACAACUCCAGCUCGUCGACGCCCCUGGCCGCGGUGAUCAUGUCAUCGCUAGACAAGGAUGACACCACCACCACCUCCUCCACGCUCAACACCACCUCCUCGCUGGCCUCCAAGUACUCCAGCCUGCUGGGGGACAGCGAGUGCAACGGAGGGCUCGGCGGAUCGGCGAACCUGAACAACCGCUACCGAGCGGAGAAGAAAAUCACUGCCAAGUCUUCUGGGGAUGGCGAGGAGGAUCCCGAGUCCGACACGCUGGCUAUCGACACGCCCACCGAUCUCGACCCGGAGCCCGAGACCGAGCCCGUACUCGAAUCUGAACCUGAGACCGUUGCCAAUUCGAAAGCGGUUGCAGAGCUGCCCACCCCGAGCUCCACCAACAACUCCUGUCCUUCCCAGAACACCAACACGAUAGCCAAGUCCAAGAUCAACGCGAAUACUCUUAGCACGUGCACGUCCUUGCCCAACGAAUACGGCCUCACCAACACGAACACCAGUUACGAAACGACCUCCACUUCCGCCCCUCCAAGUGCCACUCCCUCCUCCGUCUCCGUCUCUAUCUCCGCCUCCGCCUUUGCCACGCCCCCCAGCACGUGCACGCCCUCGUUCACGCAAAUAGCGCCAACUGCAACAGCUCCAACUACCAGUACAUCCUGUACAACAACAGCCGCAAGCACUGAGCUCUAUAAUGGCGAUCAUACAACAACAAGCACAUCAACAUCAACAACAACAACAACCAACGCGAUGUCCUUAGCGACAACAACCACAAUGACAACGACAACAGCAAUCGCAAAACUAAAUGUCAAUGCCAAUGCCAUUCCUUCGCAGAACCAGAGUCAGAGUAGCCAGAACAACACGUACACGAUCCAGUCGCUGAUCAACAACAGCAACGUCCGGGUGAAGAUCGCCGACUUGGGCAAUGCCUGCUACGACUACCAUCACUUCACCGAGGACAUCCAGACGCGCCAGUAUCGAUCGAUCGAGGUGUUGCUGGGAGCGCCGUACAAUUAUACCGCCGACAUUUGGAGCACCGCCUGCCUGGCCUUCGAGUUGGCCACGGGCGACUACCUUUUCGAUCCACACGCCGGCGAGUCUUACAGCCGGGACGAGGAUCACUUGGCGCACAUUGUCGAGCUGCUGGGUUCCAUACCGCAGUCCGUGAUCCUGCGAGGCAAGCACGGCCUCAAGUACUUCACCAGCUACGGCAGCCUGAGGAACAUCACCAAGCUGAAGCCCUGGAGUCUGAUGAACGUGCUGGUGGAGAAGUACGACUGGGAUCCGGUGGAGGCCAAGAAGUUCUCCGACUUCCUCCUGCCCAUGCUCGAGUACAAUCCGGUUAUUCGCGCCUCGGCAGCGGAGUGCCUGCAGCAUCCGUGGCUGGAGCAGGAGGAGUUCGUCUAGAAAAUCGGAGUGUCGGGAAAUCAGAGAAGCCAGAGAGACAACAGACACAGGCACACUUAAUAAUACAUACAUAACAUACGUAUUUCGUACUCGUAUUGUAUUUCUAGGCUUAACUUUUAUAUGCAAACCAAUUUGUCAUAAAGAGAAGUAAUAUAUGUACGUUAGCAAGGGAGCCCGUUGAUGAAAGGUUAGCAUUGAAGGACUCGGUACACACCCCUUAUACACACACAUACGACAUGUGGAGAGGACGAUCCGCGUGAAAUUUUUUAAGCUUUUUAAUUUUUGUACUUGAGAGCUUUAACAUGUAAUUACUAAAGAAGCGAUUUUAUUUUUAACGACGAAAGCAAGCGCGAGAAUUUUCGCAUGAUGUUUUUCAAGUUUUUAUUUCGACAACGUGCAUAAGUGUAAACAUAAUAUAUAUUUUUUAUUAACUGAGAAGCAAGUAAAACCAAAACAAAAGACAAUGACGACAAUUUUUAAGUCAACAGAUGCCUAAACUGACUGACUGAAAAGGAAAACAUUUUCAUGCAAAACCAAGUAAAGCAAACAAAAGAAACAGGCUAAAUAAAUUAUACGAACUAGAAAAAUAUUCAGCGUCACAUAAUUAAUAAUACCUUCUAUUAAAUUAAUAAUAUGGUAUGUGUAUAAUAAACGAAACCCCAAAUGUAGAUAUCGAGAAUGUUAAACACAAAUACAGAUGAAAAUUCAAAUAUUCACAGCUUUUUAGCAGCGUGUAGUGAUUUUGGUACAUUUAACCAAAACAUAUUGUAGAUUCUUAAGCCUGAUUUGGAGAGAAGCAUAUUAGAGCAAAAUUUUUCAUACAAGAUUUCGGUUUGCAUUAUCAUCAUGGAAAGAAAUAUUCUCAAAAUGUCCCCAGCAUCCGGUAUAAUGAACCUUACCCAGUUCACUUAAAAAAUCAUGAUUUAAGGAUUAAUCAAGAGUCUUUGUAUCGGAAUUGAAAGCCCAAACCCGAAAUUUAAAUACUACCAAUGAUAAUUAACAAGAAAUCGCAUUACCAAUAACGAAAACAUAUUUUACUACUUGCCUACAAGUAUUUGUACACAAGCCUACAACGUAAUAUUGAACGUGACCAAAUAAUUUAAUAUUGAGGAAGAUUUUUCCACUAAACACAUAUUUAAUAUACACACACAUGUGCGCAUGUGUCCAAGAAAAUGUAACAGAAAGCUAAGCGGGUGAGCUGCACGUUCGAAAGAGUGGGCACAUAUUUCAAUAUGGCGAAAUAAAGAAUAUACAUACCGAUCAA